AUGACAUCAUUUUCUCAUUUACUUGGAUCAUCCACAAAGAUUCUGAUGCUAAUUCCAGAAUAUUACGAUCAGUGGGCAGAUCGUAUGCAAGACUACUUGAACGGACUGGAUGAGGAUUUAUGGAAUUGCAUUUCUGGUGAAAUAAAUCCACCUGCAACAGUUCAGUCAAUCGGUGCAUCUUCAAGCAGUUCAGAGGUUGAAAAUCAAUCCAAUCGUUUAAAACAACUGGAGAAGAAAUACAUGAGGGAAUUAAGAGUGGAGCUCAAGGAUUUCAAACAGAAGGAAUCUGAAUCCAUUGAAGUUUACUAUGAUCGAUUCAACGAGUUAAUCUACCGUUGUAAUCGUUAUGGUAUCAUAAGGUCAUCAAUGGAGUUCAACUUGAUUUUUAACAAGUCAUCGGAUUCGAAGGGUAAUUUUGAAAACAAAAACAGAGUGGAUGAAAAGCUAAAAGAAGUAAAGAAGGAUUCGAAGAGCGAAAUGGAGAAAAUGGAAAAGAUGUUAAAAGAGAAGCUGGAGGAAGUGAAGUUAAAGGCAAAGAAUUUGUCUCUGGUAGCUCAUGGAGAAACUGAAUCAGAUGGUACAUAUCAAAUAUGGUCUUCAGGUUCUGACGAUGAAGAGAUGAAAAAUCCAUCACAUGGAGUCAUGUUUGCAAAGAUGGAAGAGGAUUCAGACGAAGAACAGACUUACGAAGUGCGUGGGCAAUGCUUCGUAUCGAAGUCUACUGACAAGUCACCGAUGACAACAAAGGUACGGAAAGAAAAAUGUGAAGAUUUAUUGGUAAAAAUUGACACUGAUCAACCUUCAACUUCGAAAGUUUGUGAUAUGGAAUUUGUGGAAAUACAUGAUAGUCAAAUAGAUUAUAGUGAUAAUGAGGAAGAAAGUACAAAUUCGAAGACAAAUAAAAGUUCGAAAGAAGUUGAAAUUCCUCGAGUGGUUGUUGAUCAAGUUUAUAUGGAUUCACAAGAGUUUGAGCAAAUUCUUAGUGAAGAAGGUGCUCAUUAUCUUGAAACGAAUAUUGUGGUUUAUCCAAUCUUCAAAUGCACUGAUGAUAUUGUAUUCCCAAACCAAAUCUUCGUAACAACAGGUAAUGUUGAAAAUAUUAAGCCUGAAUUCAAAAUUUUGGUAGAGGAAGACAAUAAGAAAACUUCUGAUGAGGGUUUCUUUUCGAAUCAAAGCACAAUUGAAAACAAUCUAACAAAGAAUUCAUAUAUCUUUCAACGUCAAAAACCAAAACGAAUAUGGGUUGAAAAGUCGAAACUUGAAAAGAAGAUAGUUAACACAACUGAAAAUGUGUUCACAAAGCACGACAAUGUUAAACCAGAAAUUAAAGAAGUCAACAAAGCUAUAAAAUUAAAUUCAAAAGAGUUUAAAGCACAAGUUGAAAAAUUCUCAAAAGAAAAUAAUAUUUCUAAACAUCAAGCAAUUGAUGUAGAGAGAAAUGUGAAAGAUAAUCAACAAUCAGAAAAUUCGAAGCUUGAUAAUGACUCAAUUUCGUGUUCGAAUCAAAACACAAAUGCAAUAUAUGGUGGUCCAAUGGAGGGGGAGCACUUGGAUUCGAACAGUUUUGUUGAAGGGGAGCAUUCUUACGAAGCAGAUGUAAUGUCAACCAAUGUUAAUGUUGAGGGGGAGCCAAUCAUCGAAGCGGAGCCAAUAAUCGAGGGGGAGUCAAUCAUUGAGGGGGAGCCCAUACUUGAGAAGGAUCCAAUUCUUGAAGAAGAACAUUUUGAUGAUGCUGAGGAUGCAUGUUCAAUAAAUGGAUCAGAAAAUGAUGCUAUGUUUGAAGAUGCACCUUUGGAUUUUUGA